AUAUAUUUGGCUGCUUCUUUGGGAAGUAGAUAUUGUUGCAUUCCUACUAAUUACAAUUUAAUUGGUGUUUAAACGUACUUUUUCGUUUUGGUGAGUCAUUUUUCAUAUAAACGCCAAACUGUAAUCAGCAAGAAAAGCUCGGAAAUGAGUGUAGCAGUGUUGUUAUAAAAACCAUUCUCAUAUUUUAAGUAGUAGAGCAUAAAACAGCUCCAAGCCUCCCGACCUCCGAGCCAAAAAUGGAAGGCACAAAUAUUACUUCAAGCUUCCUAUUGUUCUUGUUUCUCCUCAUGGGUGUUGUUUCAUUUGAGGGCCCACUUUAUGAUUCUACUGCUUACACUGAGUGUAAAUUGCAGCCGGAGGAGCCUCUGUACGGCGGUGGGAUCAUCGUUGAUCGGUUGGGAAACUCUGCAAGUAGUGGAGUUUAUUCAACAUCGUUCAUACUGCACAAUCUCACACAGGGCACCAUUUACUGUUUCUCCAGUUGGGUCAAGAUAGAGGGUGCAGGCUCAGCUCUCAUAAGGGCAAGCCUAAAGACAGAAAAUGAAACAAAUAAGUGUGUAGGAACUGUUUUGGCUAAGCAUGGAUGCUGGUCAUUUCUCAAGGGUGGCUUUGUCCUAAACUCACCAUCCCAAUUAUCCACCUUAUUCUUUCAGAAUGCAGAUGACAGAGAUGUCAACAUUGAAAUUACCAGCUCUUCUUUGCAGCCAUUUAGUGUUCAACAAUGGAGCACGUAUCAGCAAUAUAUGAUCAACACUAAACGGAAGCGUGCCGUGACGGUUCAUGUCUCAGAUAAGCAAGGAAAGAGGCUGCAAGGAUUGGAAAUUGACAUAGAGCAAGUCUCCAAAGAUUUCCCAUUUGGAUCUGCAAUUGCAAAGACCAUUCUAGGCAAUUUGCCCUAUCAGGAUUGGUUCGCAAAACGAUUCAAUGCAGCGGUGUUUGAGAACGAACUCAAGUGGUACGCGACGGAGCCAGAACAGGGCAAAACCAACUACACCAUUGCAGAUCAAAUGCUGCAAUUUGUGCGCGCCAACCAAGUCAUUGCUAGAGGUCACAACAUAUUCUGGGAAGACCCCAAAUACACGCCGCAAUGGGUUCGAAACCUCACCGGCAGCGACCUGCAAUCUGCCGUAAACUCCAGAAUCCAAAGCCUAAUGAGCAAGUACAGAGAAGAGUUCGUCCAUUGGGACGUCAGCAACGAAAUGCUUCACUUUGAUUUCUACGAGCAGAAGCUUGGCCCCAACGCCACAUUGCAUUUCUUUGAGACGGCACACAAAUCUGACCCUUUGGCAACCCUUUUCAUGAAUGAUUUUAAUGUGGUGGAGACUUGCAGUGAUGUGAAUUCGACCGUUGAUUCCUACAUUUCAAGGUUGAGAGAGCUUAGGCAUGGUGGAGCAUUGAUGGAUGGGAUUGGACUGGAGGGUCAUUUUACAGUACCAAACCUCCCUCUAAUGAGAGCAAUCCUUGACAAGUUGGCCACAUUAGGCCUUCCCAUUUGGCUUACGGAGGUUGAUAUCAGCAGCACCCUAGACAAAGAAACACAGGCAAUUUAUCUUGAACAAGUUUUAGAAGGCUUUUCGCAUCCAUCUGUGAAUGGGAUAAUGCUUUGGACUGCAAUGCAUCCUAAUGGGUGCUACCAAAUGUGCCUCACGGACAAUAAUCUCCAAAACCUACCUGCUGGUGAUGUGGUGGACAAGCUCUUGAAAGAAUGGCAAACUGGGGAGAUAGAGGGGCAGACAGAUGAGCAUGGAUCUUACAGCUUCUAUGGUUUCUUGGGUGAAUAUAAAGUAAGUGUCAAAUAUGGUAAUAGAUCUUCAAGUUCAACAUUAUCAUUGUGUCAAGGUAAAGAAACUAGACAUGUUAGCAUUCAGAUGUAACACAAUUUCGACAUGUUUUGAGUAACCAAACUAGGGGAUCAGGAUUCGAAUUUGAGUGCAAAGAAAGAAACAUCAUAUAUUAACGAACUUAACAACGCCCUAACUAUCUAUAUUUUGAUUUUGUUUCAGCAAAGAAUUUACAACUUAAUGGGGAAAAUUUAUGUUUGGAUGCAAAUGAUUUAUGAUUCAAGUGUGUAAAAGGACACUUAACUCCUGAGGUUACUUGUGCAGAAUAAUAUGCAGAAUCUUGUCCCCCUAUGUUGCUUGUAUCUCACAUUUACUCCGCACCAACUUCAAUAG